AUGAUGUUUAAGAAGCCAGCAGGUGUGCUGAUGUUCCUCCUGGUCGUCCUUAAGGGAACAGCAGAAGCUGCCUGCAGCUGCACAGCUUCAGCCUGUCGCUGCCACAGUCUGGGCCUCACCAGCGUUCCACAGGACCUGCCAACAAACAUCACACGCUUGUAUUUGGGAUGGAAUCAAAUAACAACCAUAAGUCGGUCUGAUUUCUCACGUUAUAGGAGCUUAGAGAUCUUAGGACUUAAUGACAAUCGCAUUUCUACUAUCAACAGCCAGGCAUUCUAUCACUUGUCAAACUUGACCCAAUUAUGGCUUGUCAGGAACCGACUAACAACCCUCAGGUCUGACAUAUUUGUAGGGCUGGAAAACUUGGUUCUCCUUAUUCUAUGGAGUAAUCCCAUCAGUGAUAUUCAGGCUGGAACUUUCAAUCCAACACCAAAAUUACAACACCUAAAUCUGCAGGCAUUGGACCUACAGAUCAACAUGUUCAAAACCAUUCCCACCCUACAUUACUGGCUACCAGAGCUCACUACUCUGUACCUUUCCACUAACCAGAUCACAGACAUUCCCAGGGAUGCAUUUUCCAAGCAGCCUAAACUGAACCUUCUCCGACUUUCCUCAAACCAAAUUUCGACACUUCCCUUUGGAGCCUAUGACAUGCUGUCAGCCAUCUCCACUGUGAGCAUUUAUAACAACCCCUGGCAGUGUGACUGUAGGAUGGUUGACUUCAGAUUAAAGAUGACUGGUUCACAUUCUUUUGAAAACCAGAUCACUUGUUACCAACCUAAUAGCCUCAAUGGGCAGAGGCUUAUAGAUAUCAACCCUGACGAUUUGAUGACAGACUGUCAAAAACCAAACAUUACGAGGUUUGAGAGGAUUGGAAAGUAUCCUCUGUUUCAGGGAGAGACUCUCCGUUUGGUGUGUGAAGCUUCAGGAAUACCCGCACCAGAGAUCACAAUCAUUCUCCCAUCUGGACAAAAUGCUACUGUUGGGUCUAGUGGAAGAGUGACUGUGUUGGCAAACGGUACAGUAACCGUAAGAAAUGUUACAGAUGAUGAUUACGGUCGGUAUGUCUGUAUGGCAACAAAUUCUGUUGGGUCCACAUUUGCUGUUUUCUCUGUAGAUGUCAACUAUUCCUUCCCCAAAGUUACCCUGUAUCUGAUCGCAGUUGUGGUCUGUACCCUUGUCAUCGUUGCUAUUGCCGCUUAUUGCAUGUAGUUCU